UACAUAGCUAUAUAUACAUAUAUAUAACUCCUUAAAAAAGCAGAAGCCCCUCUCAAACUUUCACAUCAAAACCCAACCAUAUGGUUCCAAGAGAAUUAGAUUGAUUCUGGAGGGAGAAAAAAUGCCAAGCAAGCUGAGGAAGGCACUUGGGGCCGUGAAGGAUCAAACCAGCAUAAGCCUAGCAAAAGUGUCUGGAACCAGUGCUUCAAACCUUGAAGUUUUGAUCCUGAAAGCAACAAGACAUGAUGAUGCGCCCAUUGAUGAACGUUAUGUGAGUGAAGUCCUCCAAUUGAUAUCCACCAGCAAAGUUUACGCGGCGGCUUGUGCGCAAGCAAUUGGUAAACGAAUAGGGAGGACAAGGAAUUGGAUUGUGGCCUUAAAAUCUCUAAUGCUUGUGCUACGAAUUUUCCAAGAUGGGGAUCCUUAUUUUCCUAGAGAGGUUCUUCACGCAAUGAAGCGCGGGUCGAAAAUUCUUAACCUUUCAAGCUUUAGAGAUGAUUCCAACACAAGUCCCUGGGAUCACACUGCCUUUGUUAGGACAUUUGGUUUGUAUCUUGAUGAGCGAUUGGAUUGCUUUCUUACUGGGAAGCUUCAGAGAAGAUUCACCAAGAAAGACAGGCAAAACAGCAUUCCUAGAAGCAGGCGUGCUAACGAGCCUGUUCGAGACAUGAAACCAGCAAUGCUGCUGCACAAGAUCUCUUAUUGGCAAAAACUGCUUGAUAGAGCAAUUGGGACCAGACCAACUGGCGCAGCCAAGACAAACAGGCUAGUUAACAUUUCCCUUUACGCGAUUGUGCGAGAAAGUUUCGAUCUUUAUCGAGAUAUUUCGGAUGCAUUAGCACUGCUUUUGGAUAGUUUCUUUCAUUUGCAGUAUCAAUCAUGUGUUACUGCAUUUCAAACAUGCGUCAAAGCCUCGAAACAAUUCGAAGAGCUUUGUUCAUUCUAUGAUUUGUGUAAAAGCAUUGGAGUUGGGAGAACCUCAGAGUACCCAAGUGUGCAAAAGAUAUCAGAUGAACUUGUGGAGACAUUACAAGAGUUCUUGAAAGACCAAUCCAAUUUCCCUAAUUCAAAUGGGAGAUCUCCAUCUUCAAAUUUGCUUACUGCUCCCUCGCCGGCAAGAGAUCCCUCUUCGCGAGACCAGUCGCCGGAACCAUCAGAGAGGGCAUCAGAGUAUGAUUCACAAUGUACAUCACUGGAGGACCUUAUGAGUGUCACUGAUGGAGGGACAAGUCCAUCUCCAUCAAUGGAGCUUUAUCUAGAUAUGUCUGAAAGAUUAUCUCAAAGAGAUGAUACAAUCAGUGAAACUGGAAGCACCUCAAACCAAUCACAAUUAGUUGCUUAUCAACAGCCGAUUGAGGGAUUAGAUUUUUUGUCUUUCGAUGACUGGCCACAAGAAGAUCAAACAGGGGACCAAGAAAAUGGAGAUCAAACUUCUUCAUCAGUGUGUUGGGAUCUUGUGCUUCCAGAGCCUGCUGAUGUAGCUAAUGGGUUCGCACCCUCCAACACCAUGACCGAUUUUUCUGAUCAAACUUCAAUACCUGAUCAGCCAUACAAUCCAUUUCUGCAAGAUACAAUAGAGAUACCUGAAAUUGUCACGCAUGUUAGUGAUCAUGUUGCGUUUCCUGUCCCCGAUAUGUUCUCCAUUGCACCCACAUUUCAGGCUAGUCCAGCACCAUCUGCGGAGAAUUCUAAUGAGGCACUGUCAUUUCAAACUAAAGAUGACCCAUUCGCGCCAUGGCCUGCUGAAAUGGCUAAUGGAGAUGUAUCUAAUGGUGUUGCGGACCAGCAGAAUGUAUUGCAAGAACAGCAACUAUGGCUGCAACAACAGGAGAAGAUUAUAGCCAAGUACAUGUCUUGACUAAUGUGAAAAGAAUAGUAAAACAUAGGUUUCUGUAAAUUAUGCAAUUGCACAAUGACAAU